UCUUUGUUACUGUUGGUCUGUGAUAAGGGAAGGUAAUAGUAUUUUGCUGUCUUUUGUCACACGUGCAAGAAGACUAAGUCUAAUUUUUAAAUUUAAAGCAACGUAAAUCAUUUGCUUGUACUUAAUUUGAAGGAUAUAAUAAACUCAUUGCACUUGUGGCGUAUGUUUUAUAGAAUAACUUGCUGCAACAUGUACUCCAUUGCUAAAGUCGCCUCAACUGCUGCCAGGAUAACACGAGUAGUUCCUGGUCUGGGCCCAAUGUACACACAACCUUUGGGAAGUUGUGUCUCAUUGACCAGUCAGUUAAGCCAUUUGUACAUGCCCGCAGCAGCAGCAGCUAUUAAUUUGUUACCUGCUGUACGACAGUUCCAAACUUCAGCUCUGUCCAGGGACAUUGACUCUGCCGCAAAGUUCAUUGGAGCUGGUGCGGCUACUGUUGGAGUCGCAGGUUCAGGUAUCGGCAUUGGUCUUGUGUUUGGUUCUUUGGUUAUCGCUUACUCCCGUAACCCAACACUCAAAGACCAAAUGUUCUCGUACGCCAUAUUGGGAUUUGCUUUAUCAGAAGCUAUGGGCCUAUUUUGUCUGAUGUUGGCAUUUGUCCUUCUUUUUGCUCUGUGACUAACGCCACCAAUGAGCGAGCCUUCUCCAUUCAAAAUCGUUGAUGAAUCCAAAGCAUUAAAAAAUUUAUACCAGAAUGGAGAUGGAGAAUUCGCAGCUCUAGGUUUAAAGAGUGUUCAUACAGUUUCAUCUCAAUAUGACAAUGGAGAAAAAGAAAAACAUGUUUAAAAACUUCAUAGACUAUUUAAGAACUGUUAAUAAUGAGGUUACAAAAGAAGAAUACCUAUAAAUUAUUACUACUUGUAAUUGAGGACCAUUGAUUUUAAAAUAGUGCUUAUUGAAGUGUAGAAGCACUCAUGUUAUGUUACUUUUUAUGAUAUUACCUUUUCACUUUUUGUAACCUGACUAUUAUUUUGUUUCAUAUUUUUCUCUAUGUGCAAUAUAUAUAUUACAUAUGUAAUACAAUGUUCCUUUCUCAUUAAAGUGAUGUCCUGUCAUUUUAUUAUUCUGUUAGAGUAUGAAGUCAUAAUUACGUCUAUGUGCAAUCUUUGUAAUACAAUGUUCCUUUUUUCUUAAAACAA